AUGAUUUAUAAAAGAGAUUAUGAUAAAUAUAUUUAUAAUAAGUCUAAAUUAAGAGAAAGUAGUCAAUUAAAAGAUAGAAUAGAUAAUAAGAUUAAUCAAAUUCACUUUCUUCAAAAUUCAAUUGAUUAUUAUAAUAAUACACGAUAUGAUUUUCUCAGAAAUAGUUAUAUUCAAUAUAUAGAUAGUUAUAGUGAUGAUCAGGUUAUUUAUCAAAGUUUUGUUGAUGGUUACUCACAAGAGUGUUUUGAUGAUUAUUUUUGUUUUAAUAAGAAAUUAAGCAGGAGAAAUUACUUUCAUAAAGAAUUACAAAAAUCUUAUAAAAUACCUGUAAAAUCAGUAAUGAAAAAUUUGAUUGAUAGUGAAAUUGAAGACAGUGAUUUAAACAUAUUAUUUAGUGAUAUAGAAGCAAAAGAAAUUUCUACACAAAAAGUAAUUAAAAAGGGUAAAUGGACAAGUGAUGAAGAUGAUAUGCUAAUGAGUAUAAUAUAUGAAUUUGGACUGGGUAAUUGGUCUUUAAUAGCUAAGUUAAUGCCUAAUAGAAAUAAUAAACAAUGUCUAGAAAGAUACUUAAAUCAUUUAGAUCCAUCAUUAAACAAAACACCAUUAACUGAAAAAGAAAAGGAAUUAAUUCUCAAAUUACAAAAAAAAUUUGGUAAUAAAUGGACAAAGAUUGCUUCAGAAUUAGGUGACAGAUCUGAAAUUAUAAUUAAAAACUUCUUUUUUUCUCACAAAAGAAAAAAUGAAUAA